CUGUGGGCGCUGCUGUGAUCUGUAGUUGCUCAGUCAUUGGUCAGACGAAAGUGUAGCACCGCCCACAGCGCCCUUUACGUCGUUGUCCUGGAGAUCGCGUCCUGCUUUCGUCCAAUCAGAGGCGGCGCUGAGGGCACGUGUGUAUUGUUUAAACUGCUCAAAUCCAUCUGCACUUCGGGCACAAACUUCCACUGAGCGAGUCAUGGCGGCCGUUGUGUCUGUAAGCACCGCUUCCAAAGAUGAACUCACAGACACCGGACUCAGAUAUGCCUCUCGUCCUCACAAGGAACACUACGACCAUACGACCGAGCGCGAAAAGUGGAUGCCCGGCGUAGAUCGUCGCCAUCCAGACCUCGAGGCGAAAGAAGAGGAUCCCUCAGCGGGACGCGAGACUCAGCGGAGGGUCGACGAGGACCUGACAUCUCUGAGCCCAGAAGAAAUUGAGGCCCGCUUAGAAAGAACUCGUCGGGAGUUUUAUAAUCGCAGAAAAAUAAUCAUUAAAAACCUCCCAUCUGACAUUACCAACCAGGAGGUCCAUGAGCUGCUGGCCAACUAUGACCUGAAGUACUGCUUUGUUGACAAGUACAAGGGCACAGCUUUUGUGACACUAUUAAAUGGAGAACAAGCCCAAAGUGCCAUCAAAGAGUUCCACCAGCAUGUCCUACGUGAUCGGGAGAUCUCUGUCCAGUUGCAGCCUACAGAUGCUUUGUUGUGUAUCGCAAAUCUGCCCCGUACUUUGACCCAGCAGCAGUUUGAAGAGCUGGUGCGGCCCUUCGGUAACCUUGAGCGCUGCUUCCUGGUGUAUAGUGUCUCCACGGGACACUCCAAAGGCUAUGGCUUUGUGGAAUACAUGAAAAAGGAUUCGGCUGCCAGAGCCAAAUCGGAGCUCCUUGGAAAACAGCUUGGCUCUCGCAUGCUGUACGUCCACUGGACUGAGGUGGGGUCCCUCACAUACCCACUUCUACACUCAAAAUGUCUGUGUGUGGACCACCUGCCACAGAGUCUGUUGACUGCACAGGACCUCCGCAAUGCCCUCUCUGACACGCACGUGCCAGUCUUUUGCCAGUUGGCCCAGGGGCAAGAUGGCAGCUUUCGCCGUUUUGCAGUACUGGAGUUCUCCACGGCUGAGAUGGCAGAGGAAGCGCAGCGUUUGUUGGAUGGCAGGCUACUCUGUGGUACACAUAUCAGAGUGUCUUUCUGUGCUCCUGGGCCUCCUGGGAGGAGCAUGUUGGCAGCUUUGAUUGCUGCCCAGACAAUGGCUGUGAACCGGGGAAAAGGCCUCCUCCCAGAUCCCACAGCCAUGCAGAUCCUCACAGGCCUUAAUAAUCCUGCAGCACUUAAAAUGCUCCUCAACCCUCUUCCACAGGGACAAAAACAAGGGAUCUUGGGUGCUGCACCGACAUUGCCCCUGCUGACCAAUCCUGCCCUCUCGGUUGCAUUGUUACAGCUGCUCCUUCAGAAUCAGGCCAAGGCCCAGCAGGCUCCGGGGCUCAUCGGGGACAGUCCUCUGGCAUCUCUGCCCAGCCAGCAAGGAGUCCAUCUGCUCCAAGACCUGCCCCAAGGUCUGGGACUACAGACGGACCCUCUGGUACCCCUAAAGCCUUUGGGCAGAGCCUUGUCCAGGGAUCAGGAAUCUUCCACAGCUGCAUGCUCUUUCCCUCAGACCCCCUCUCCCACUCUACAGGGGCUGUCCAUGCCUCUGAUAGCGGCUGCGAUGGGGUCAGAUGGCCCCUCGCCACAAGCGACCUCGUUACUUGGUGAACCUCCUAAAGAAAUGAGCCUUUCCCAAGGUCCAUUUAUGAACACAGUUUUUCCUGCAGGGGGAAAUGGCAGGCCUCACCCCUACAGAAGGAGACCCACAUUAAGUAACUUGUCCAACCAGCCAGCUCAACAGAACAUGCAGCCAAAUUUCAAUCCUUGCUAUCAGGAGCCGUACACCCCUGAAUUUUCUCCUUUAUUUGCUGAAAAUCUGACAUAUUUGUAUGAACAAGAGAAUCUUGAUUCUGGAGCAUUAGGAUUAGGACAGCAGGUUCCUCAACAAUACAGUGAGAGGUUUUCCCACUUUAGUCUCCCACCGAGCCCUCCACAGUCAUACUUCAGUUCAGGGUCUGAUACUGCCAACAAUAGUGGCCUUCCACAUCUGAACAGAGCAGUGGGGAUGCCUCCAAAUAGUCACACUAACUACCCCCCUGGUUUUGGAGCUGUCCCUAAGACUCCCAUCGGCAGCCAUAAGCGCGUCUUCUCUAGGCUCAUUCCGUCUCCUGAGCCCAGCCCUGAGGGGAGUUAUGUGGGCCAGCACUCCCAGGGUCUUGGAGGUCACUACGCCGACUCCUACCUGAAGCGCAAACGCAUUUUCUAAGCUCUGAAAUACCCACUGAUUACAAUGAUGAACUCUGAGCAGUCUAAGGAUUUAUGUGUGACCUGCAGAGGGCUCUGUGGAGUCUGGGCUGUAGCUACCUGAACGCCUGUGUCUUUCAUGGGAACACUUGGUGAUUACUAUUUGUGUUUUGUAAAUAUGAUUUUUAGUGUAUUGGUUAUUUAAGUUUUUACUUUUUUUAUUUUCUAUUGGAAAAUAUAUACAGUUAAAAAAAAAAAAAAAUUGUAAGCUGGAUUAAGUAUUUUCUUAACCCUUUUUUUAUUGUGUUCCGAGUAUGUUCAGAGCAAUAGUUGGGCCAGUUUACAAAAGCAGCCAAUGGUUGCUCUUUUUAUUUCAACUUCACUAAGUGAUCCUGUCCAUGACUCUAGACAAAGGGACAUGUCUAAAACAAGCUUUAAUAGAAUAGCUUCUAUGUUGUCCUUCAGUCUGUCCUAUGUAAAAAGUUCAUUAGUUUGGUGUUGGUUUUUUUGGGUGUCUUUUCCUUCGUCCACUGUUUUUGUUUACUUCCUAAAUGUUGAAGCCUGAUUUGGUUCAGAACGUAGCUUUCCAUCCACAUAGUAACAGUUAUUUAUAGUGAUGUGUUGUUUUGUUUUGUUUUUUUCUUACCAAAAACGCUCUGUAAUUUCAUGACCAAUUUACUCUUCACUUUAUUUGUCAAAUCACAUCAUCCUAAUGUGUUAGUCAGACACUGGUGAGCACUGCACUGGUCACUCAGUCACCUGUACAAUAUAUUUCAAAAUGUAUUUACUGGAGUCAAGUUUUCUGUGUUCUUGACUUGAAUUUUGAAUGUUUGAACUCAGUUAGGAUUUGGAAGGAGCUGUGUGUUGUCUCUUUAUCUGCCUACAUGUCAACAAGACUGAGGGAUGAGUAUAUGGCAGCUAAAUUGAUGGACACUCUUCCUAUAAUUGUCUGUCUGGAAGUUAAUGGAAGCUACAGGCUCAUAAUUGGCCAGUGGCAUUAUGGUCUUUUCCCCUUUAAUUAUCUGACAGUUUGAUUGUGAAAACCCAUUACCUCUGCUAUAAAACACAGCUACUCUUAACA